AUAGAAGUUUCAGCUUCGGGGGGGAAAAAAUAAAUAAAUACACCUGAGUAUUUGUUUUAAUUUCGUGUGAAAAUACGUUUCCUCCGUGAAAUCUAAUUCCACGUCACGUAUCGUUUGUUUCACGGUUUAUUUUCGGCUGCGGGAACUUUAAAAUAAGACUUAAGUUAGACGACAAAAAUAGCGAGAAACCGCUCUCAUUCAUUGCGCGAGCUCGAGCGCGAGGCCUUUCUUUAUCCUUCAUGGACGACAGUUAGCAACGGACCGUUUAUGGGAAUAUAGUCGUUAAAUUGAUCCGUUAUAUUAUCUGUGAUACUAGUUUGUUGGACAACAAAGUGUUCUGUCUUGUGCGUUGUUUAUAUUUGAGUCUGAAUAGGCACGGUGUUUGUAACGUCCCUAGGUAACGUUAGCUAGGCUAGGCUAGCUAGCUAACUGAAUUAUUUACCGUGGUGGCUAACGCGUUAGCUGGCUAGCACAAAGCACGCGCCUAACGUCAAAUCUAACGUCCGGUACUAGCUAGAGACCACCUCGUUAAAUCAUGGAGACGUGUUAUAUUCGUGUGGCUGAGGAUGAAAACGAGGAGCCGAUGGAAAUCCCGUCAGAGGAGGACGGGACGGUUUUGUUGUCCAGCGUGGCAGCGCAGUUUCCAGGCGCGUGCGGCCUCCGUUACCGGAGCCCGGUGUCUCAGUGCAUGCGCGGAGUGCGCAUAGUGGAGGGCGUGCUGCAUGCACCGGAGGCCGACUGGGGCAAUCUGGUGUACGUAGUCAACUAUCCAAAAGACAAUAAAAGAAAGAUGGAUGAAAUGGAUGCUGCUUCUGCUGUGAAAAUUAAGAGGGGCAUUCAGAAGACUUCAGACCUUAUUGUUCUUGGCUUACCAUGGAAAACAUCUGAACAAGACCUGAAAGAGUAUUUUAGCACAUUCGGAGAGGUGAUAAUGGUACAGGUUAAAAGAGAUGCAAAAACGGGGAACUCAAAAGGGUUUGGUUUUGUAAGGUUUACAGAGUAUGAGACACAGAUUAAAGUGAUGUCCCAGCGGCAUAUGAUAGAUGGGAGAUGGUGUGACUGCAAGCUCCCCAACUCAAAGUAUUUCAUGGAACAAGCUGGGCUAGACGAGCCUAUGCGCAGUAGGAAAGUGUUUGUGGGCCGUUGUACUGAGGACAUGACUGCUGAUGACCUCAGGCAGUUCUUUAUGCAGUACGGUGAAGUGACCGAUGUCUUCAUUCCUAAGCCUUUCCGGGCAUUUGCCUUCGUCACUUUUGCUGAUGACCAGGUUGCCCAGUCUCUGUGUGGUGAGGACCUGAUCGUCAAGGGCACCAGCGUACACAUCUCUAACGCAGAGCCUAAGCACAAUAAUAGUAGGCACAUGUUGGAUCGUGCUCGUUUUGGGGGGUUUGGGCAGGGCUUUGGUGGUAGUCGCAGUCAUAACAGCAAUGUGAAUUUUGGGGCUCUUAGCUUAAACCCAGCCAUGAUGGCAGCAGCCCAGGCAGCCCUCCAGAGCAGUUGGGGAAUGAUGGGUAUGUUGGCCAAUCAGCAGAGUCAGACCGCUGCCUCUGGCACCACAGCAGCUGGCCAAACAGCAGGGAGCAGAGAUCAGGGCCAGGGCUAUAGUGCGGCCGGCAGCAAUUAUAAUGCCACCAGCACAGCUAGUCUCGGAUGGGGCGCCAAUAACACGGCCUCCAGCGGUGGGUUUAGCUCUGGCUUUGGCUCCAGUAUGGAGACGAAGUCUAGUUGGGGAAUGUAGAGAGUUACUUUUGUUUUUGCAGUGUCCUUAUUUCUAAAUUAGGUAAGUACAUUGAGAUGAGAGUUUGCAGGCAGAUUUUUUAUUUUUCUUAUAUUUAGAAGAAAUUUGCUUCAAAUUUGAGUUUUGUUUAAAAGAUGUUAUACAGGAAAAAAACUGCUUUAUAAGAUUGAUUGGGUUAAUUUGUGGUAUAAACACUACGUAGAAAGUUUAAUUUGCUUUCAUUGAAGAUUUUGGUUAAAACCUGAUGAUGAUAAUUCAUUACAUUUCAUUGUUUAUGAACUGUGCUUAGAGAUGCUUUGUUGUGAAUCUCAUUUGAGUUGUAUUGUGUGGAGUUGUUUGCAUUUUUUGUUUAGAGUUUAUGGUCAAGCCUUCAUAAAUCUCUUCUACAGUUCACCACCUCUUUUCCCAUUUCCCUGGAAGAAGCGCUUCGUUGGCCGCAAUGUUCGAGCGAUCUCAGUAUCAGUACCCUUCUUCCCAUGUGUAAAUGCUUUGCCAUCAAAGAACACAGCUUCACUCUUCAUUUACUGUGUUAGACGGUGGGUGUUGUCUUUUUCUCCCCUUUUCAUGGAUAAAUCUGUCCAAUAUGUAUCGCUUUGAGAGCGAGUGAGAUGGUGAUGGAUUGUUGGUGGGCCAAGAGUGAGAGACUGAAUGAGCGAACAAACUGAGAGAGAGCGAACGUGAACGCAAGUGUGAAAAGAGCUGUUUGUGCGAUAAAAAAAUGCAAAAAAAAAAAAGAAAGAAAGGAAAAAAACAAGAUGACUGCAAGAUGUGAGAAGAACCUGUGUGAGCGAGUGUGAACAGCAGCAGCAUGUUUUCUGUCACAUUAUCAGAUGGACAUUCUUUAUUCCUAUUUCCCUUUUGAUCUAUCUCCUUUUCUUCCUUUUCUCAUAUAAUCAAACUUAUAUAGUUACAGGAAAUGUAUCUGUAUGUAUCGGAAUGUCUAGCAAUCUAAGUAUUUGUAUAUUAUCCGUUGUGAAUGCUUGUAUGGUGUGUGUGUUCUAUCUCCUCCCUGUUACUGACCUCCAAGUGUGAAUAUGUGAAGUGGUGGUGUCUGUGAGAAAGUACUGGUGUGUGGGGGUGUGUGCCAGUGAGCUCUGAGUGUCUCGAGGGGUGAUGUGGCGGUGAAAGUUGAAGAAUCCCGAAAGAAAGAUUGCAUAUGUUGAAUUGCUUGAAUGCCAUCUUAUGUUUUGUGAAUCAAAGGGAACUCUCAAAUAAAACUAAUUUGACUAGGUA